AUGGACCAAGAUUCCAACUACUCAUAUGAGGAGCAAGAUGCGGCUGCCAUCUCAUCACCGCGGGCCAAGAUGAAGGAAGAGGUUUCCGAAAGAGUAGCAAAUACAGAACUGAGCACUAGAUAUGAAGAUGAGCUUGAACGGCCUGCCAGUGAUGAAAGCGAUUACGUUGGAGAAGACGAAGAAGAAGAUUUUUCAUCAGCCGCGGAAAGCGAAGGCCAAGAGCUGCGAUCGCAGCUAAAGAGACCCCUGGAUGAUGCAGUUCCUAUCUACAGGCCUUUCAAACGGCAAAGAGGAGAACUGAACCUUGAAUACUUGGAGCUUCUCAACAAGGAGAUCCAAGAUGCCGCGCAGCAGAUCUCCUUUGGUGACCUCAAGCUUCUCUCAGCGAGCCAUAUCGGCCUCACUCACUGGUCUACGGCUGAAAAGCAAAACUUUUUCGAAGCGGUAGCACGCCUCGGGAAAUAUGAUCUCCCUGGCAUCGCCACCAAAAUCGGAAGCAAGAGCGUGGCCGAGGUUAACCACUACUUGGGGAUUCUCCAAGAAGGCAGCGAAUCAAGGCGGCAGCAGGGGGAUCGCACCAGCUUGGAGCUUGCAGAGUAUCCUGCUGCUGUGGAGGUUAGCCAACAGUGCUGCCGUGCGGAAGAAGAGGCUGCAGAUGAGAUCUCGCUUAAGCAAGAAGCGCGCGAGGAGAUUCGCGAGCGCAAUCGAUGGGAAGAUGUAUGGGAUAUCACACCGAAAGUUGCUAGAAAACUCAGCAGAGCUAUUCAUAAGCAGGACGAAAACUUGGCCGGUAUUCCACAAUUUGCUCAGCUAUUUCACUCUUCGACCUGGCUAGAACUUUCUGCGCGGAUAUUCAUGAACUCUUCGGUUCCGGGUAACAACUGGAAUUCCAUAGGGGGAGAACCACCGUCGAUGUGGGCGACUACUUUCGAAGACUUUCACUCGUUAACCGUAUCGGUCACUCGGAGGCUUGUUCAGACAUCCCUCUUUAUAGCAAUGUCUAGGAUCAGAUCGAAGAACGCGUCGACAAAGAAGGUUAGAGACAUGGUACAACAACAAGAUGUUGAAGCAGCCAUUUCCUCUCUAAAUAUGGCCUCGAAGGCGAACGAAUCAUGGGUUGGCAGUGCUCGAAGAUUACGCCUGGAUGUUUACGAGAACCCCCCUGAAGGAGAUGAGGAGUUUGAUGAAGAGCGCAUGGCAUAUGAUGAGAUAGAGAGAGCUUUAUCCUGCGAGAACACUGUUGCGCCUGGAGAGCAAGCGCAGCCAGAGACCCCCUUUUCCACUCAGCUGAGUGAAUUUGAAGAGGAAGACGACGAGUUGUCGGAUUUACCAUCCGAAUCAAGCAGGUCUCCAUCCCCUACAAAUGAAGAAGAGCGGCAGAUCGACAUGGAGGCAGUGGAAGUCUUGGAGCACUCCGCCAUGGGCAUCCGAACCAAUAAUGCUACAAGAAAGGCUCUUAAGGCGUUUAUAGCCACGGAUCGGCAACUGGAGAGACAAGCUGAAGACAUCGACCAAUAUGCCAGCUACAAAGCAGAGAUUGAAAUGUGGAACAUUUUGCAAAAGAAGCCGCCCAUGGACUUGCCUAAAACGCAUGAUCCCGGCCCGGUGAGGCGAUCGAACCAGAGCUUGGAUAGCUUUUACCCCAGCGGACGGGAAUGGGCGCGCAAGUUGGCGUAUUACAGCGAAUGGGAGACUCUGCCAGUGCCUGACGCGACAUUGAAACCAAGGUCUACAGAAGAAGAGGUUGUAGUUAAGGAAGAAGCUGGGGAUGAGGGGGGUGAUGAAGCAGAGGAAGACGAAGAAGGCGAAGGCAAAGGAAAUGAAGCCGAUAGUGUAGAUGAUGAUGACGAGGAUGAGGAGAAUGACGAUAAUGAAGAGGAGGAGGAGGAGGAGGAGGAGGAGGAGGAAAGCAGUAAUAUAAAGCGAGAAUAG